AUGUCCUGCCAGCAGAACCAGAAGCAGUGCCAGCCUCCUCCCGAGUGCCCCUCCCCCAAGUGCCCCCCAAAGAGCACAGCACAGUGUCUGCCUGCAGCCUCCUCCUGUUGUGCCACAAGCUCUGGGGGCUGCAGUGUCCCCAGCUCUGAGGGAGGCUGCUUCCUGAGCCACCACAGGCGCAGGUCCCACAGAUGCAGGCGCAGGAGCUCCAGUUCCUGUGACCGUGGCAGUGGCCAGCAGUCGGGGGGCUCAGGCUGUGGCCACAGCUCUGGAGGCUGCUGCUGACCUGGAUCCUGUGGCUGAGACAAGAGAGUUUGGAGGAAA